AUGUACGGACGGAACACUUGCAGCUUGAUCAAUCCUCUCCCUGUUUUCUUCCCCCCACCACCCCCGUUCAAUCCACCAGCUCCCGUGCCCUCAUCAUCCCCAUUGUCUCCGAACCUUCAACUUCCGUGCCCUCAUCAUCCCCAUUGUCUCCGAGCCUUCAAGUACCGAGAUACUUUGGUGUUCCAUGUAAGGGUGGAUCACAGUGGGGACUGGGGGACUAGGGGCGGGGUAGCCGGUGUUUCGUGUGGGGAGGGCGGGAGUGGGGUUGGGUUAAGCAAUGAGCUCAAGGCGUUUGAGGCGCCUCAAAAGUCUGGAGAGGAAGGUAGUAGGGUUGGUUUAAGCGAUGAGCUGAAGGGGUGGGAAAAGAAGGGGAAGAGAGCCCGCAGGGGAGCGGUGGGGAGGAAUGGAGGGAAGGAGGCUGAUUUUGUAGGGGGGAAAGAGGGAGAGUGGGGGGAGGAAAGGGAAGGAAAGCGGAAGGGGGAGGAGACAGGCGAGGAGCGGAAAGGCGAGGAGAGAAAUGAAGAGGGAAGGAGGGAGGAGGGGGAUGAAGGGAAUUGGGGAGGAAAUACGAGAGAUGAAGUAGAGGGAGUGACAACCCCCCUUGUGAGGGAGGCCAGCGUCGUUCGUGUGUCCGCAUGCAAUCGCCCUAUAGGCACUCGAGUCACUUCUUUCCUCUGCCUGCCUGUGCAUCUGUCCCUGUCCUCAAUUCUCUUCAGCUGCACAGGUCGUUCGUGUCGUUCGUGUGUCCGCAUGCAAUCGCCCUAUAGGCACUCGAGUCACUUCUUUCCUCUGCCUGCCUGUGCAUCUGUCCCUGUCCUCAAUUCUCUUCAGCUGCACAGGUCGUCGUUCGUGUGCCCACAAGCAGAUUGCAACAAGGCGUUUGCAUCAGGUUACAAGUUACGGAGGCACUUGAUUGUGCACAACCCAAACGCUCCCCGGCACCCAUGCUCUCUCCGCUUCUCUCCCUGCCCCCCAAUCACCAGCACCCAUGCUCUCUCCACUUCUCUCCCUGCCCCCCAAUCACCAGCACCCAUGCUCUCUCCACUUCUCUCCCUGCCCCCCAAUCACCAGCACCCAUGCUCUCUCCAUCCCCCUCCCUGCUUCCCCCAAUUACCAGCUCCCAUGCCCUCAUCCCCACUGGUCUCGGACAUUCACGCGCCGAGACUGCAUGGAGUAGCAUGCAAGGAAGCAGCAUUCGGAUUCGGGGAAGAGGGGGAGUGGGGGGAGUGGGGGGAAGCUGCAGCGUGCAAGGAAGCAGCAUUGCAGCGUUUUCAAGGCGUCUUUU